CCCGUCUCCAAAACCCUACUAAAACCCUAGAAAGGCCCAAUCUUUCAUUUACUUGGUCUCAGAGCAAAAAGUCUACCAGUAUCUUCAUUUCCAGCUUCCCGCAAUGCACAGGCUUUCAAGGCGUUCUAUUGCUGUCCUUCGCACCACCGGUGCAGCUCGCCGGACCGCCGCGGCUCCUAUCACUCCCGCCUCUCCUUUUAACGAUUCGGUUGGGCAGAAUGAUGCCAAACUCAGAUGGUACUCGGUAUUAGCAAGUGGGAGAUCUGAUGCGGGUAGAAAUUCAACACAAUUAAACCUGAGAAAUGGUCUGCUACUUGGCAACCGGUACGAGUCAACUGCAGCAGCAUCUGAUGCAUCAGAUCCACCCGCUGAGAAAUUUGAGUAUCAAGCAGAGGUUAGUCGUCUCAUGGACCUUAUUGUUCACAGCUUAUACAGCAACAAAGAGGUUUUUCUUCGGGAGCUUAUCAGCAAUGCAAGCGAUGCCUUGGACAAGCUGCGCUUUCUUAGUGUUACAGAGCCUCAGCUCUUAAAGGAUGGUCUUGAUCUUGAUAUCCGUAUCCAAACCGAUAAAGAUAACGGGAUCAUUCAUCUCACUGAUUCAGGAAUUGGUAUGACUCGGCAAGAACUUGUUGACUGCCUGGGAACUAUUGCUCAAAGUGGAACUGCAAAGUUCUUAAAGGCAGUGAAGGAGAGCAAGGAUUCUGGUGCUGACAGCAAUUUAAUUGGUCAAUUUGGUGUUGGAUUUUAUUCAGCAUUCCUAGUUUCUGAUCGGGUUGUUGUCUCAACAAAGAGCCCAAAAUCUGAUAAACAAUAUGUAUGGGAAGGAAAGGCUGAUGCUAGCUCCUAUACCAUUCGAGAGGAGACAGACCCAGAAAAGCUGAUUCCGAGAGGAACCCGCCUUACAUUAUAUCUUAAGCGUGAUGACAAAGAUUUUGCACAUCCAGAAAGGGUUCAGAAGCUUGUGAAAAACUAUUCGCAAUUUGUUUCAUUCCCAAUCUACACCUGGCAGGAAAAGGGAUACACUAAAGAGGUCGAGGUUGAAGAGGAUCCAGCUGAAGCAAAAAAGGAUGAACAAGAUGAGAAGGCUGAGCAGAAGAAGAAGAAAACCAAGACUGUUGUUGAGCGCUACUGGGACUGGGAGCAGACUAAUGAGACUCAACCAAUAUGGCUUCGCAACCCCAAAGAAGUCUCUACAGAGGAGUACAAUGAAUUUUACAAGAAAGCCUUCAAUGAGUAUUUGGAUCCUUUAGCAUCGUCACACUUCACAACAGAGGGUGAGGUGGAGUUCAGGUCUAUACUCUAUGUGCCAGCUAUUGCUCCCAUGGGAAAAGAAGACAUAGUCAAUCCUAAAACAAAAAAUAUAAGGCUCUAUGUUAAACGGGUCUUCAUUUCAGAUGACUUUGAUGGAGAAUUGUUCCCACGAUACCUGAGUUUCGUCAAAGGUGUUGUGGAUUCAAAUGACCUUCCCCUCAAUGUCUCACGUGAAAUUCUUCAAGAAAGUCGUAUUGUACGGAUUAUGAGGAAGCGUUUGGUUCGAAAGGCUUUUGACAUGAUUCUAGGCAUAUCCUUGAGUGAGAACAGAGAAGACUAUGAGAAGUUCUGGGAGAACUUUGGCAAACACCUAAAAUUGGGUUGUAUUGAAGAUCGUGAAAAUCACAAGCGCCUUGCUCCCUUGCUUAGAUUUUUCUCUUCGCAAAGUGAAAAUGAGAUGAUCAGCUUGGAUGAGUAUGUUGAGAAUAUGAAGCCGGAACAAAAGGAUAUCUAUUACAUUGCUUCUGACAGUGUGACAAGUGCAAGGAACACACCCUUCUUGGAGAAACUUCUUGAGAAGGAUCUUGAAGUGAUUUUCUUAGUUGAUCCCAUUGAUGAGGUUGCCAUCACGAACCUGAAGUCAUACAAGGAGAAGAAUUUUGUUGAUAUUAGCAAAGAAGACUUGGAUAUAGGUGAUAAGAAUGAGGAGAAGGAGAAGGAGAUGAAGCAGGAGUUUGGCCAAACUUGCGAUUGGAUUAAGAAAAGAUUGGGUGACAAAGUUGCAAGUGUUCAAAUUUCAAACCGGCUCAGCACAUCACCUUGUGUUCUUGUAUCUGGGAAGUUUGGUUGGUCUGCCAACAUGGAGAGGCUAAUGAAGGCGCAAGCAGUUGGUGAUACCUCUAGCCUGGAUUUCAUGAGGGGCAGAAGGGUGUUUGAGAUCAACCCUGAACACCCGAUUAUUAAAAACUUGAAUGCUGCAUGCAAGAGUGGCCCAGAUGAUGAAGAGGCCCUGAGAGCUAUUGACCUUUUAUAUGACACAGCUUUAAUUUCUAGUGGUUUCACUCCUGAGAAUCCAGCACAACUUGGUGGGAAAAUAUAUGAGAUGAUGGGCAUGGCUCUUUCAGGCAAGUGGGCAUCACCCGAUGCUGGGAGCCAAGUCCCUGCAGCUGAACCUAACAACACAGAGACACUGGAAGCAGAGGUAGUCGAGCCAGUCGAAGCUGGUAAUCAGAAAUGAGGAGCACCCACAUCAUUUUUCAUUUCAUGUAUCUAUUCAUAUAUGCUACUAUUACAGUAGACGGCUCUAGGAGGGAGGGAGGGAGUGAGUUCAUCAAAGUGUAGGAAAUUCAUGGGCAGUGAUGAGUGAGAGUAGAUGAAUUUUGGUGGAAAAUGGUCUCUUCUCUCUGCUUUUGCCUUUCAAGAACACACAAAACUGUGUCAAGCUGUCUAUGCUUUGGUUUGCAUAUGAAUCCAACUUGAUUGCAGUAGCCUUCUGAAUUUGGAUGGCAAAAUUUUUGGGUCUCUCUCCCUUCUGUUUUUCUGUGGCAUGAGAACUCCAUACUGUGAAUAAGCUUGGAACUUCCUCAA